AUGCUCGCGCGCGGGAGGCCGGGGCUGCGGCCGCCGCCGCUGCUGCUGCUGCUCCUGGGGCCGCUGGGUCCCUGCUCCCCGGGCGCCCCAGCCGCAGGCGCGCCGGCCGACGACACCGCGGAGCUCGAGUUCUCCACCGAGCGGCCGCUGCACCUGGUGAGUCCCGCGUUCCUGUCCUUCACCAUCGACGCCAACCUGGCCACGGACCCGCGCUUCCUCACCUUCCUGGGUUCUUCAAAACUUCGUACCUUGGCCAGAGGUUUGUCUCCUGCAUACCUAAGAUUUGGUGGCACCAAGGCAGACUUUCUCAUUUUUGACCCCAAGAAGGAACCAGCCUUUGAAGAGAGAAGUUACUGGCUAUCUCAAGUCAACCAGGAUAUUUGCAAAUCCGGAUCCAUCCCUUCUGAGGUGGAGAAGAAGCUGCGGUUGGAAUGGCCCUUCCAGGAGCAACUGCUGCUCAGAGAACAGUAUCAGAAAAAGUUCAAAAACAGUACCUACUCAAAACACUCAGUGGAUAUGCUGUACACUUUUGCCAGUUGCUCAGGACUGAACUUGAUCUUUGGUCUAAAUGCAUUGCUACGAACCGCAGAUAUGCACUGGGACAGUUCCAAUGCUCGGUUACUGGUGGACUACUGCUCUUCCAAGAAUUAUAACAUUUCUUGGGAACUAGGCAAUGAACCUAACAGUUUCCAGAAGAAGGCUGGUAUUUUCAUCGAUGGAUGGCAGUUAGGAGAAGAUUUUAUUGAGUUGCAUAAACUUCUAGGAAAAUCUACUUUCAAAAAUGCAAAACUCUAUGGUCCUGAUGUUGGCCAGCCUAGAAGAAAGACUGUAAAGAUGCUGAAGAGUUUCCUAAAGGCUGGGGGAGAAGUGAUUGAUUCAGUUACAUGGCAUCACUACUAUGUGAAUGGACGAAUUGCUACCAAAGAAGAUUUCCUAAACCCUGAUAUACUGGACACUUUUAUUUCAUCUGUGCAAAAAACUCUCCAGGUUGUUGAGGAGACCAGACCCCACAAGAAGGUUUGGUUAGGAGAGACCAGUUCUGCAUUUGGGGGUGGAGCGCCCUUGCUGUCCAACACCUUUGCCGCUGGCUUUAUGUGGCUGGAUAAAUUGGGCCUGUCGGCCAGAAUGGGCAUAGAAGUGGUGAUGAGGCAAGUGUUGUUUGGAGCCGGGAACUACCACUUAGUGGAUGAAAAUUUUGAACCUUUGCCUGAUUAUUGGCUGUCUCUUCUGUUCAAGAAACUGGUGGGCACCAAAGUGUUAAUGGCAAGUGUGAAAGGUCCAGACAGAAGCAAACUUCGAGUAUAUCUUCAUUGCACAAACAUCAACCACCCAAGGUAUAAAGAAGGAGAUUUAACUCUCUAUGCCUUAAACCUCCAUAAUGUCACCAAGCGCUUGCAGUUACCACAUCCCUUAUUUAACAAGCAAGUGGAUAAAUACCUCAUAAAACCUUCAGGACCCGAUGGCUUACUUUCCAAAUCUGUCCAGCUCAAUGGUCAAAUUCUGAAGAUGGUGGAUGAACAAACCCUGCCAGCUUUGACAGAAAAACCUCUCCGCCCAGGAAGUUCACUGGGCAUGCCACCUUUCUCGUAUGGAUUUUUUGUGAUAAGAAAUGCUAAAGUUGCUGCUUGUAUCUGA